UCUCCUAACAUUUUUUUUUUUUGCGUAACAGCUCUCACUCAGUUUGAUGAAAGUAGCGUACUUAAAAAAAAAAACCUGUACUUUGAAAGAGAACUUUAGUGAAAAAGUGGUGUGUUGUGACAAUUCUGUACUUUAGUUCUGAGGUAGCUAAGGGAUGUGUGUGUGUGUGUGUGUGUGUGUUUCUGUGUGUGAGAGAGAAUGUCCUGUUUUUCCUGGUAGCCCUCUCCCAGAUCUCUCUUCCCAGGUUCCUGGGGUCUCCAUUAUAGCCCAAGGGAUCAUGAAGGGGUCUUCCUGGCCUUUCUUAGUGACCUUCAGCACCAUUCAGAGGGCAGCAAAACUGCAGGGGCAGCCUCUUGCAAAAUGCAAUACAUGGCUGCCAUCAUGUAGUUUGACACUCCCCCCUUCUUGCCUAUCACAGUUAACUGGUUUUGUCCUUAAAUUGUUGGGAGAACUUUGCUUUACUCUGGUGAAAUUCCUUCCUACCCCCAAAUUUGCUGGAGAAUUUCUAUUUGUAGCAAAUAGAAAUAUUUCUAUUUGUAGCAAUUCGAUUAUUACUCUUGCUGAUGAAAUAUGUGAAAAAGACUCUUGGUCACUUCAAAAUGGGGUAUUCUGCUCAGAGCAGCAGCUUUCUGGCAUACCAAAUUUCCUUAAUGAAAUUCUUCACAAGGGGUGCCAAAAUCUAAGGGCGGGUUUUUGGUCCUGGGCCGUUCCAUUUUAGGUGCCCCUGCCACAUUUUGGUAUACAUCUUUUUUCUUGAACUUCAAACAAUUAGAGCGAUUCAUCCAUCUUAGCAGGUUUACUAAUUCAAGAAAACUGCCUUUUCUCCUAAAUGUUUUGAAUUGGCAGUUUGAUUUGCCCUCCAGGCAGUGGAGCCUCUUGGGAAGUGCAUUUUUGAGGGGGGGGGGAAGAGUAACUGAGGUUCUUGGCCAGAUUAGCACCUUAUCAGAACUAUAAUUCCCUGGAUUCCACAUUAAACCGAUAGAGAAUGUCUGGAUUCUCACUCAAUACACUACUCAGGAGGCAUCAGGGGUGGAGAUUUCCUUUCCUUUUUUUAAUCUUUUGAGCAGAACCACAUACUGGGACUUACUCGGAAAACUCAAAACACUUUGCACAACUGCAAGGUGCACACAACCUGAUUUGCCAUGCUGAGUAAUAGAUAUUUGUGAUUCAGUGCAUUCUAGGAAGUGAAGCACUUACCUUGGCAAGAUGGGUGGAUGGUGAUUGGCCUGCGUCGGACUGAGCCGUAGUUUUAACGAACAAGUUUUAGCCUAAUUUUUUAGUGUGGGAACUUUAGAUCCUGCUUGUUCUUUUUGCUAUCACUGUCACCCAAUAAAAGUUCCUUCUGAAAUGCUACCUGUUUCAAGAAUUCUGCUUUCUUGAGGGGACCAUUGUAAGACAAGCCACCCUUCAAAGUCCUAAAGGCCCUCAAUAUUUGAGCAUGUAGCAUGGCAUAUAAAUGCUGCCCACCUCCUGCAUGUUGGCCUGGGCUUGGAUUCUUGAGUUUUGUGCAAAACCGGUCAAUCAGCGGGGGAAGAAAAUAGUGCUAGCAAUUACACUGUGUUCAUCAUCCCUCUUCCUAUGGGUUACAUCCAUUGGGUUUUGGGAAAUGGCAGCCCCAACAGGUUUGAAGUUCCUUUGGUCAGGAAGGAUGCACUAACUGACCAAUCAAGGCAUACAACCUAGAGAGUAAUUCAUACAACACCAAAUCAUGGCACAGCAUAAAUGGGCAGAUUUUUCUGGAUCAUCUGAACUGUCAUGACUGCUCAGAGAUUGAAAACCAAGUUUAUUUUCUCAAAGAAUGCCGAUGCCAAAGGAUUUGUGAAUGGAAGCAAAGUAUUUAAAGUAGUUGCUCAAAAGAAAAAAAAUGCAUCACACUUUUGUGUCAUUUAAAAAGAUGACACGCAGCAUCCAAUCAGUGUGGCAUCAUCCCUUUCCAUGAGUCAAGGCAAUAUGGGGACUGAAUUCAAGUGAAGAAUGAAAGGUGAUUGAGACACAAUUUAGCCAGUUCCCGUUCUUAACGACAAUGAAAACCAGCAUACCAUAACUUGGGCUCACCUCAGGACCUACAUAAUUUUGCAAAAGGACUUGAUUUUGAAGCUCUUCUUGUUUAGAAUUUGCAGCUGUGUGAGAUGUGUAUGCGCAUGGGGGAAGGAGGGCAGUAAAGAUGUGGGGCUGGAAAGAAUGAAAUCAGGUUCAGCACCAUAAGAGCUCUGGUCCCUUCCUGAACUGGCUCCUCUAAGACAGCUGCCAUAGAAAAAUAAGCCAUAAUACAAUGAAUCCAAGGAAUGAGUAAAGGAUGGUGAGUAACAAAUGGAGAUAGGAAAGUAAUGACUGUCAGGGUUGAGGGAAGACGCUCAGAAUACCACCAGCUUCCUUCUGGCAGCUAUCAAGAUCUCGUCACCUGCGUAGGACAGAGGGACUGUCCUCCAGAAAGCUGGUGGGCUUAUUCCUUCAGUGAGACAUACUUUAAUUACAUCAACUGGUCUUUUCCACCAAAUUCAGUCCAGUUAGUUCUUUACAGAAGCAUCACUACUUUCCAUGGGCCAAUACAAUCCCACAAAACGCCAGACUUCCAAGUGCACUGCGAUGACGACUUGAGUGAUAAUACAAAGACCUCUGGGUUGGGUCAUUGUCCUUGCUUCCACGUGAGAGUCACAGCUGGCCAUGCAACAGGGUUGCUUCGGAAACAGGCUGGCUGCUCCUGCAUAAUACUGUCCUGGGAGUCCCAAGUGUUUCCACCCAAGGGACCUUUGAACCCACCUACUGUCUCAAAGGAGGGAGGGAGUCCGUCCUUAAUCCAGGGGUUCUUGCUUUAUCCUGAUGGUGGUAUUGGGCUGUGGUCUCCUGUCUUCACGACACAGCACAUAUUCACUGAACUGGGAGGAAUCUACGCCUCCCCCGCAGGACGCUGCCACAUUGAACCCCUUCUGGAACAACCGUUCAAGAACCUG